GAACCCGGACCCUGCCGCAGUGGCUCAGAACUGCUUUCUGCAUGCGGUGAUGUGACUGUGCUCGGCCGCCGGCUCCUCACGCCGCUAAACGUCCUGAACAUGGAGGCAUACAGGUUUCUGCAGUUUGCCGAAAAGCAUUUCAAGGACGACCUCGAGUUGCUCGAGAGGGCCGCCCAUGUCACCCGCGGUGUAUUCCAGAUGCCUUCACUGCUCGACUCAUGCACACAGAAAAACGAAGGAGGUGCCCGCUGCUGGAUGGUGACUCAAGCGAGAAAGUUGAACAAGUUCCUGAACCCAUUCGGCAUGGAGUUUAACGAACUGCGGGAAGGCAGCCUGGACUUCGUAAUGACUCAUAGUGACCCCAUGGCUCCCAACGACCCCAAAGCUGUGAUUCUCUUCUUGGCUACGCUGUGGUUUCUGCGCGAGCACCGCUGUUUCUCCGGCAUCAGCCUGAACGUGUCGGUGCUGGAGCGCUUUCGCCCGGUGCAGUUCCUGCAGCACAUCACGUUCGCCAAGCGGGUCGUCACGGUCCACCUGAUCGGCGUCGAGGGAAUCGAGCUCCCGUUCAAAGUGUGCCCCCUGGUUCUGGUGCUCGAGCAAACGGAGCUGCUGACGCACGUCACCCUCGACAGGGUAACACUGAUGGAAGCUGAGGGCAUCUAUCUCUCCUCACUGGUUAUUACCAACCACGGACUCGAGCGUUUGGCCCUUCGCAAUGUGACCAUGGAAGACUCAGUCCUGGCCAGACUCGCGCAGGAGUUCAAGGAGCACCGAAGACCGCGGGAGUUCGAGUUGCGAGGGAGGAUUCGUAACGGCACGACGCGCACUGAACUGGUCUCGAGGCUGUUGGACACCUCCUUGCAAAUUCUGCGCCUGGAAAUCAUGUGCAACCUUAGCCAGCUAUUCGAGAAACUCAAGGACAACGCGCAGCUGAUAGAGCUCGAGCUAGGACGCUGUUCGCCCGUCGGCGUUUAUCUGGACACACUAGCUUCUGCACUGACCCAAAACAUGACGCUGCGACUCCUCACUCUCAACCUCGACAUGGAAUGGAUGUCGCCCACCAGUUCCUCCUGGAAGCACCUGGGAGCCCUGCUUAAGAACAGCCGCUGGCUGGAAACAUUGUGUCUCCGUGAUUCGUGUCUUGGAAUGCACGCCGUGGUCCCGUUAAGCGAGGCCAUGGAAAGCAACGAGAAUCUCCAGACAGUGAACCUGAAGUGCUGCGGGUUCUCAUGCACUGACGCCCUCCUGUUCGUGUGGGCCCUUUCACGAAACGGUUCCCCUUGUACGAAGGUAAAGCUAGGCGUUCUAAUGGGAAAAGAAUGCGAACAGAACCAGCUUCUCCGAGAGAUCAAGGCUAGUGGACUGGACGAUCGCGUUGACUGGGUUUUCACGUCCUCUCGGGCAGAGACGAUCACCUCGGCUUUGGAAAAGGGCACUCCAAUUCGUCGCCUUGAGUUCCACUGCCCAACCACGGGCAAAGUUGGGACUUUGUUCCGGGGUCUUACCAACGUGCAGGAAAUGCUGACGACCCUGUCACUCCGGGGAUUCCACUUCCGUAACCACAAAGACGCCAGACAGCUUUCACGGUUCUUGCGAGAAAGUGUAAUUCUCCGGAAGUUCAAGCUGGACAUGGCUGCCACCGCCGGUAGUAACUUGCUCAUUCUUCAAGGACUGGAGCGCUCAACAUCCAUCAGGUCACUUACAGUGAUCGAGAACUGCUUGAAAGAAGCCACGGCGCGGGGGUUCGAAAACUUUGUGCGGAGGAACACUGGUGUCGUAAAGUUGACUAUCAUCAAUGAAGAGAAAACACCGGAUACAGUCCUGGUGUCCUGUCUCCGGCGUGGCCUAACAGAAAACUACAGUCUGCGGGAGCUAAGGCUUUUCUACUCCCACGGACAACUGCAAUUGCACGACUCGGUGAUCUCGCAGUCGCUGCAUAUCAACAGCAUUGCGGUGGUGUGCGCCACGAAAUUAGUGGCGGACAAGGAACUCACAAGGGCAACCAUGUUCGCCCUGGUGCGGAUCAUGGCUUGCGACGCGGGCCCGGAUAUCCUCUGCAAGGGCAUGGACUGCGAGAAAGGAGUUUUCGUAGCGAAGCUCCAGGAAGCCCUCAGGACAGCUGAGGACGAGCUGUUUGGUCUCGCCUGUCUGUACAAGUCAGCGGCAGAAGGUGAUGGACCGCGAGCCAGUCACUGCCAAUUCUCAAGCCUCAACGACGCAGUUCGGGCAGAAAUACGGAACCGCUUGCACAGCAUGGGUAUCCCGUUUAACAGGUCACCCUUCGGCCAUUUUUGAUACGCCUGCUCCUUUUCAGCCCAGCACGCACAUCGAACUGAGUAUUGUUCUUAAACGCACUCAUAAUUUUUCUACUUUUCAUCAUUCUGCGUGUUAUCAUAAAUUCAUUGGCCUUUAGCGCUUUUAUGAUGAAUUUUAAAAUGUCACCCCACGUUUGAAAUUGUCAAUAAAGAAACCAUGACACAUG